AUGAGUGGCCAAGACAUUGAUGUUGACGGCAACGACAAGGAACGAUUAAUGGGUGGGUGUGAAGGCCCAAAUGCUGCUUAUGUAAAACUGGUUAGCAGUGAUGGACACGAAUUUUUUGUUCGAAAGCACGCUUUAAUUUCUCAUACAAUUCGUGCAAUGCUUUCUGGACCGGGACAGUAUGCAGAAAAUGAAACGAAUGAAGUUAAUUUUAGAGAGAUUCCGUCUCAUGUGCUGCAAAAAGUGUGCCAUUAUUUUGCAUAUAAAACAAAAUAUACAAACAGUGCUACGGAAAUACCGGUUUGAAUUUUUCUAAUAAUUUUGGAGAGGUGCUUUUAAAAAUUCCAUUCUUUGUUUCGAUCUGGGCCAAAAAUCAUAUUCAAGACCACGAUCAAAAUUUUAGUUUAUAUUAGUUGGUAUUGCCCCAUGGGAGUCAAAUUUUUGGAAAUAUUCUUUAAAAGAACAUCGGGGAAAAAGAAAAGAUAAGGAGGCUGAUUCCACAUCCAUCCCUCACGAUUUUUCUGACUUUUACAAAGUGAUAGAGACCUGGACC